AUGCACAAUUCAGAGGAGGAAGAGGAGGAGUUCUUUGAUGAACCCAAUUCCUUCCUUGAGCUAUACUGUGAGGAAGAAGAGGACACUCGAUCAACACCACAGCCUGACUAUGUUCCUCCACCAGGAGAAGUAACAGUUCUCUAUGCAGACAAGACACAACUGGAGAGCUUACUGGCGGAUGUGGGGUUGAAGCAGCACUACAGAGAGAAGCUAUCCCUGAGCAAAAUACUUCAGAUUGAUGAGAAGACCAUCUCUGAUGAACCUGCUAAGUCAGUUUUUGUGUUCUUUGACAAUUUGGACGCUGACUGCAAGCUGCUUAAUAACCAACACCACAAGGCACAGAUCUUCUUGGUGGGUAACCAUCAAAGCAAGUGUUUCAAUUUAAAUGCUCUAAAACAGGUAGCAGCCAUCUUGGGCUUGACCAGCAAAAACAUCAUUAUUAAGACUAAGCAGAAAAAUGAUGCAGACUUUGUCAAAAGUUUGAGGAAAACAGUGAAGGAUGUAGUUGAGACCUCAAAGAUGAAGAUGAGCAUAGAGCAGAUGGCUGCCAUUGCCCAUGAACUGGGAAUCUUGGUGGAUGAAGACUGUCCAGAGUGCCAGAAAGCCAAAAAAAAUGCAGAUGCCAUCACUGCAGAAAUUCAAGACACCUUUAGAUACAAAGAAGCUCAGCUUCCCCUGCAAGGCCAAAUAUGGAAGGAAUUGACGAGCUUAGAGAAGGAAGAAUUUCGGCUUCGAAAAGUUGGGUCUGAAAGCAUUGAAAAAUACAAAAGUGAUCUUAAGGUACAGAAAGAUAAACUUCGGGGUGAACAGAAUUCUUAUGACAUUUCAAAUGCAAUGACAUGCUUCAUCGAUGCAAUAUCAAGCCCAGGGACAGAGAGGUGUUAUUUCCUGAAAUGGAUGCGAAUUAACCUUGAUAACCUGUCUCGAGAAAAACUGUCUGACCUCAGAGAGCAGUACAAAAAGAAAUGUGAGAAUUCUGAAAACAAAGAUGAGAUCAAAGACAUUGACAGAGAACUUUCCAACAGUUCACUGGGGACUGAACAUUUCUUCCGUGAAAUGGGUCAGAUCUAUGAAGCUUCAGUUUUCCUUCCAAAAACACACCCAUCACGGCAACAGUUACAGCAUCUGCCCAAACUCUGUGCAGGAUUGUUGCUUGAUGGAUUUCCUCUUGAGCUUGUAGAUGGAGAUGCAUCCAACAUUCCUCUCAGAUGGGUGAGUGAUGUUCUCUCUCAGCUCAAUGACUUGGUGUCUCCUAAGAACAAGAUACUGGUUGUCACAGUUCUUGGAGUUCAGAGCACAGGAAAGUCAACUCUUCUUAACACCAUGUUUGGAGUGCAGUUUGCAGUCAGCAGUGGGCGAUGCACUCGAGGUGCUUUUAUGUUGCUCAUCAGAAUCAAUGAUGAAGUUAAAAAAGUACUCAACUGUGACUUUGUGGUGAUCAUUGACACUGAGGGCUUAAAGUCACCAGAGCUUGCACAACUGGAUGACAGCCAUGAGCAUGACAACGAGCUUGCAACGCUUGUCGUGGGGCUGAGUGAUAUCACCAUCAUCAAUAUUGCAAUGGAGAAUUCAACAGAAAUGAAGGACAUCCUACAGAUAGUUGUGCAUGCUUUUCUCAGGAUGAAAGAGGUGGGCAAAAAGCCUAAAUGUCAGUUUGUUCACCAGAAUGUGUCAGAUGUUUCAGCCCAUGAGAAGAACUUAAGAGACAGAAAACUGCUCUUGCAGCAGUUAAAUGAGAUGACACAGGCAGCAGCCAAAAUGAAAAAGAAAGAGGAGAACAAGAGCUUCACGGAUGUGAUGGAGUACAGUCCAGACACUGGGAACUGGUACAUUCCUGGACUGUGGAAUGGAAACCCACCAAUGGCACCAGUCAAUGCAGGGUACAGCGAAGCUGUAUAUGAGCUCAAGAAAAACAUCAUCCAACUACUGGGAAAUUGUGAGUCAUCUGCUAACAAUAUCUUGGAGUUUAAAGAAUGGAUCUCAAGUCUGUGGAAUGCAGUAAAGCAUGAAAACUUCAUCUUCAGCUUCAGAAACAGUCUAGUGGCUGAUGCAUACAUGAGGCUGUGCACAGAAUUCAACAAAUGGGAAUGGGAAUUCAAAAAAUACAUGUACACAUGGGUUACAAAUGCUGAAACAAGAAUUUCAAAUUUUGGCACAGUUUCUGCAAAACCUGAAAUAGCUGACAUGAAAGAACUUGUAAUGUGUUUGAAAAGUGAGGCCUCAACAGAGCUGGCUAAAUGGGAGACAAAGCUUCUUGAAAAUUUGACACAGCACUUGGAGCAAAAAGAGGGACAUGUCUAUCUAGUGGAAGCAUACAAAGAGGAGUUUGCAAACAGCGCAAAGAGCCUUCGACGAGAAAUGGAGAGCUCUGUGUUCCAUCAGCUCACAGCAGCAGCAGCAGAAAUCAAACAGGGAAUGACAGAACUUGACAAAAUCAAGGAAAAUCACACAAAAGAAAUUGAUAAGGCAGUGUGUGCACUGAUUGAUAAAUGUCGAAAGAAGAAUGUCCAGAUGAGAGAUGAAGAACUGGACAAUGAAUUUGAUAAGAUGUGGAAUGAAACACUCAAGGAACUGUCCUCCUUUAAACAAAAGCCAACAGAUGUCUUCACCAGUGUAUCCCACUGCCUGAGAAAGAAUCUGUCACACAAAGGGAGUCAUGCAUGUGAAUUGGUGCUUCAAAAAAAGCUGCAAGAUUAUGGACUGGUGCCUUUCAAGUAUACAGUUGAAGGACUGCGCAAGAUAAAAUGCAUAGUAACUGAUGUUUUUUACAGUGAAGAUCAUGAAAUGACUGUACAAAAACUAGCUGACAGCAUCAUAGCUAAUUGCACUCAGUUUGUGAUUGAAAAAGUUGAAAGAAAAAACAAUUACUCUGACACUUACAUCCAGGAGAUCCUACACAUGAUUGAUGAGAAGCUGGAAAACAAUCGGAAUCUUAAGACAGAUAUCAAGUUUGAGGUUUCUCUAAAACAGCACAUCUGCGGGGUCGCAGCCAGAUACUUCCAGAAAAUGCAUGAAGAUUUCCUACAUGUGAAUGAUCCUUACAGAUGUCUGAAUCAAAACAAAGAAAAUUUUCGUACUGAUUUUAAAGAUGUGUUCAAUGAAUGAGACCAAUGCCAGAAGAAGGCAGAAGAAUUCACCAACAGAUGCUUGAAGCCUGCAGUCGAAGACUUUGUCAACCGUUUCCUGGGUCCCGUUAUCAUUGAUGAAAUGCUAACACAGCAGCAGUUCAGCACAAGAAUAUCUUUCCAAUAUUCAGUUUUACUGGAUUUGCUUUCAAAGGAUGACUUUGAAAACUAUUUGAGCUACAUUUGCUCUUAUGAGGAAUAUGUAAAGGAGUGGACACUUGAACAAAUAGUGAAUCACUUCUCAAAUGGUUCCAAGAUGUUCGAGUUUGAGGUUCAACAUCUCCAGUCAAGUAUCAGCAGCAUAAAUGAUGCUAUCAACAAAGCCAAAAUGAAAAAGAGUGGCAACUUGAAGACAUUUGUUGAACAUGUCUGUCAGGAACUUGGGGAUAAACUGGUCAUUUCCCAGGAUGCUCUUGGUGCUUUCAUGAUCCUGAACAAUGCAGACCAGGAACAGUUUGCUCACUGGUUCAAAGAGUGUGUGAAGGACAUGGCAGAAGGUCUUAGAGAGAAGUUUAAAAACACAACCAUCUAGAUGAAACUAAAACAUCUUCACGUGAAGCCUCAGAAUGAGCUCUUCACCAAAGUGAUUGGAUGUGGUAAAGGGUGUCCAUUCUGUAAAACUCCCUGUGAGGCAGGAGGAGAAGCCCAUACUGAGCACUGGGCUUCACUGCAUCGGCCAGAGGGUCUGGGUAGAUACAGGUGGAGCCAGACGAAACAACUUGUCACUGACAUAUGCUCAUCAUCUGUGAUCAGUGAUAAGUGUUUUCGCUGUAAUGCUACAAAGAAUGAACGCCAUCCCUUCAAGGAUUACACAAGUAUUUUCCCAAACUGGAAAAUCGAUUCAGAUGGAAGCUAUGAGGCAUCAAACUACUGGAAAUAUGUGAUGACUAGGUUCAACAAAGACUUUGCAGAAACAUACAAGGCAGAGCCUGCUGAUAUUCCUACGUCUUGGAAAGAUAUCAAAUAUGUACAGGCAGAAGAAAGUCUCAAAAAGUCAUUUAACAUUAAGUGAGAGACUACAUGCUAUGUGGUUACAGAGGUGCACAUUCUCCUCAUUACACUGAUUCAUUCAUCAUCAUCAUUCAUUCAUCAUUCAUCCACUAAUGGAUAUAUAUGUAUAUUUUAUAUGACACACACACAAAAAUAGAAAAUCACAAAUAGUAACCUACUAUAUAUAAUGACAAGACUGAAGUAAAUGCCGGGUCAAAUAUAUUUUACCACUUAGGUAUAAAAUAUGGAAAUACAGAAAAAUCAUUAGGGCUCACCUAGUAGGUGCACAUUCUCCUUAUUACAUUGACUCAUUCAUUAUUUCCCUUUUAAUAAAAAUUAUAAUCUUUAAUAUCUUUAACAUAUACAUAUUGAUGAGCACAUUUUUAAAUACUUUAUGAUAUUCUGAGUCAAUGAACAUGCUAGGAGGACAUGUAAGAAUCAUUGUAAAUCAAGUUAAAUCUAAAUUUGAUGAUGAUUCUAUGAUUUUGUGAUGAAUAUCAUUAUAUUGCCACUGAAAAGAUGUACAUAGAUAAUCAAAGCAACAAAGCAUCAGAAAAACAGUUUUCUUGUAAUCAAUUAAAUAUGAUAUGCAAUCUGUUACUGUUUGUCUGUGAAUUACCUAUCAAACAUUUACAUGUAUUGUUUUAUCCCUGUUUUUUUAAGAUUACUCAGUCUAUGAGUCUAUGUGUGUAUAUGGUAUUGUCAUAAUAGAGCAGAAGCUUCUUGCUUUUCAAAAAUCAGAAUUUAAAAGUCAGUCUGUUUUUGUUUCUGUGAAGUAUCUGUUGCAUAGUAUUUACAUGCAUUUCUUUCUUCUAAAAUAUUAUUCAAUCUGUAUGUGGUAUUAUAAUAAAGUAAUAACUUGUUCAGUACAAUAUGCCUUUAAAAUCAGAACCUUAAAAAUCUGUGCUUUUGUGUCAAUGAGGUGUCUAAUGCAGACUAUUUACAUUUUCAUUGUAGUAAAAGAUCAUUCAUUAUAGGUCUAACAUGUCAUCUGUACAUUAGAGAGGUUUUUCUUUUCUUUUCAUUGGGCAUAAUAUGUGAUUUCCUUAUGCAGAAUUUAGAAUCUCAUUGUUUUUAUCUCAUUGAAUUAUCUGGUCCCAAAUAUUUACACUUUUAAAAGAAUUAAAUCAUCAUUUAUUAUAUGUGAUAUUGUCAAUAUAUAUACAUGACUUACUCUUAUUAACUGACUCAAUAAAGAAACUAAAUCAGCA